AUGAUGACUCCGGAAUCCGCGAUUAGAACGACACUCGAUCCUUGUGUCGAAAAGUUCACCAAAGGGCACCCAGAGCUGCGCCUCGGGGAAAGCGAUCUACUACAGGAGCGUCGCAUCCACGCAGAGAUCUUCGGCUUCACGGCGCAUCCCAAGGAACUACAAGCCCCUAUAGGGCGAGUUGAGUUCACGGCAUUUCGAGGUCCGCAUGGGACGAUCAAUCUACGCGUGCUAUACCCAUCCAAGUCUCAUCAUGCCUCCACAAAAUCUAACCUCUCCCCGGUGUUGAUCUACUUCCACGGAGGCGGGUACUCGGUCGGCGCGGGAGACGAAUUUGAGAACGGAUGUCGCAUUCUCGCUGAGAAAUCCGGUGUCCAAGUUUACCUUGUCGAUUAUCGGCUGGCGCCGGAAUGGCCGUAUCCGACGCAGUUGGAUGAGUAUGAGGCUGUGUUGGAGUGGCUGGCGGGCGAGGGAGGCAGCGAGCGUCGGGUUGAUCCGAAUCUGAUCUUUGGCGCUGGGGACAGUGCAGGUGGAAAUAUGACGGCUGCGAUUACACUGAGGCUACGCGACAGACAACGACACAAUCUGGCCGGUAUAUUCUUACUCUACCCCGAAGCGAGACUGCCGUUCGAUACAAAGGCUGCGGCAGAGAAUAAUACUGGGCCUUAUCUGAACUGCAACGGAAUCUUUCAAUUUGCACGAAACUAUAUACCAUCUGGAGUGCCACCUUCCUGUCCCUAUAUCUCACCGGGACAGCUACCGACCACCGAGUUGAAGGACCUGCCACCCGCUAGAGUCUACACCUGUGGCUUCGAUUGUCUCCGGGAUGUUGGUGCCGAGCUUGCCUGCAAAUUACAAGACGCUGAAAACGAUGUCACUUGGCGUCAUUACGAAACGUUGUCUCAUGGUUUUCUACAGAUGGCGCCGUGGAGCAGCAUGGCUAUGAAUGCUCUUACACAAGUCGGAGAAGAUGCAGGUAUCUUGGCGAGGCGCAUAGCCGCCGAGGUUAAGCAAUAGAUUGAGUGAAUUGUACUUUUGUUACAGCAUUUGAAGUGUAAGGAUAGUAAAACCACAAUAGACAACUCCCAAUUACCCAGCAGCUAGAAGAGAC